UGUCUCUGUUAACUCCUAUAUUAUGUAUUCUAUGGUCACAUUUAUUCGCGAAUGGCAACACUUUCUGCAAAAAAAUUGACAAAUCUGAAUGACGUGCGGUGUUUUUCGCCAAAUCUUGGAUUUUUAUUAAUUUAUGACAAAUGUUAUAUUAAACGUUAGUGAAUACAAUCAAUAGAAAAGCAAAAAAAACUUAAUACGUCAUCAAUAUGUCCCAUCAGACCGGUAUUCAAGCUAAUGCUGAAUUAAAAAAAUAUUUUAGCAAAUGUCGAGAUGGAAAAAUUAGGGUGCUCAAAGUCAUCAUUGAAAAUGAACAGUUGGUCAUGGCUAAACACCACUCCACAAAAGGAUCAUGGGAACAAGACUUUGACAAAUAUGUUCCAAGUUUGAUUGUUGAAGAUUUACCAUGUUAUAUAUUGUAUAGAUUUGACUCAAAGAAUUCUCUAGGCCAUGAGUGGUUAUUUCUUAGUUGGUCGCCUGACAGUGCACCGGUCAGGCACAAAAUGUUAUACGCUUCCACUAAAGCAACACUUAAACAAGAGUUUGGUUCCGCUCACAUAAAGGAUGAAAUGCAUGCUACAGUAAAGGAUGAAGUGAGUUUGAAAGGAUAUAAAGCUCAUUUGAGUGGAGUGAGUGCCCCCGCGCCACUCACCGAUCGAGAAGAGGCUCUCAAAGAACUGCAAGAGAGUGAGCCGCAUACCAACUAUGGAACGGACUCUAGGCAAUCAACUAUGGGUGGAGUGGCAUUCCCAAUAACAGAUGCGGCUAAGCAAGGUAUCGUCGAUCUCCAAAAAGGUUCCUAUAACUACUUACAAUUUAAAAUAGAUAUAGAAGAAGAAAAAAUACAUUUAUCUAAAGCUGCUAAAAUAUCUCUGGUGGAGUUACCACAGCAAGUGCCCAGUGAUCAAGCUAGAUACCAUCUAUACAUCUUUCAGCACACGCAUGAAGGCGACCAUAUGGAUAGCAUAGUAUUCAUCUACUCAAUGCCUGGCUACAACUGUAGCAUUAAAGAAAGAAUGAUGUAUUCUAGCUGCAAGGGACAGUUCUUAGAAAUUAUUGAAAAGAUGGGACUUGAAGUUGCUAAACGGUUAGAAAUCGACGACGGUAAAGAGCUAACAGAGGAAUAUCUUUAUGAUGAGAUCCAUCCUAAAAGAAAUCUCCACCGCCCAGCGUUCGCUAAACCGAAAGGCCCUCCGAACAGAGGCGCCAAACGUAUCACCAAGUCACAGAGCACGCAGUAAGUUAUUAACUAUUUGUAGCCUUUUCCGGAAGAAAAUAUUAAUUGACUUCUGACUUGUCACACUUUUACUAAAAGUGUUUGUUUUUUCUUUGUUAUUUCUGAUAUAAUUACAGUAUUUAUUCAAUUAAUGGCAUUACAGUAUGUAGUUACAAAAAUAACCAUCCUAUAAAAAUACUGCCCAAAUAAGUAUUAUAUAGAAAAACGCCGCUACAGCUAAAAGUGUGAAAUGUUGAUUACAAUAUUCUGUCUGGAAAGGUCCGGUUUAUUUUGUCACUAGGCAAAAUAAUAGCGAUCAUUGUGAGAACGAUAUUUCAGACUACUUAGAUGUUUCGCAAUGUUGCCAAGUAUAAAGUUUUUGUUAUCCUAUCAGAUCUUAUGCAAAACUGUUGGUAAUAGCAUAAAAUAUAAAAGUAAGAAAACUGUAAUUGUGAGACAGUAAAGGGCGAUUUAUAUGAGAAGAAAACAAUAUAAGGAUUUUGGAAUCAAAUAAAAGUUGUAAUUUGUAAAGAAAAAAUGUAUCUUUUGCUCUACACUGAAGCCGACUUGCAUAUUGUCUUUGUUGGACAUAUUACUUAAGUAGAGUUUAGAUUAGCAAGCAAAAUUGGAGAAGCCGAAAUCCGCGAUCAAUCUUUAUGGUGUAAGCAAUGACAGCCAACUGAUUUCUGCAAAUUUUUAAGCUUGCAGAACUUUAUAGAACUGUUGAAAUGUGGUUGAAACAUGAUGCUGUGAGAAAUUGCUAGUCUAAACUUGGCAUUAAAGUGGUUUUAAAUUCCCCCCAUAGCCUUUAAUAUAUUCGAGUUAUAAUAAAUGUUACAUUAUAAACAGGGAAUUUACAUCACUAUUACAAUAUAUACAAUCUGUUAUGUAGAAAGUUGAAUUGUCGAACACAAGAAUUCUCUGUGAUUAUAAGUAUUUGAAACAAAUAAGCAAUUAAUUAUAUUCUAUAAAUAUUGAUUAUUAUAAGUAUAACGAAUCACUGUAUAAAACAAUCAUAAUCCAUUAGUGACGCAAAUGGAAGUACAUAAUUGAAAUAUUUAAACUUUUUGUUAGAAACAUUAGAUUAAACUUUAUGCAGUAAGAAAAGAAGACUGUUAAUUUGUGCAAUGUAUUGUCUGAGGAAAAAUUCAUAUUGCAUGAUUGUAGACACUGAUGCAGUGGUUAGAUGAUUAAUGAUUAUGAUUAUUUUAUUAUAUUAUAUAUUGUAUGUAUUUUUAGUUUCAUUACAAUUUUCUUAUGGAUUCCUAAUAUUGCCUGUUUUUAUUUUAACUUUUUAUAAUCAUAAUUUUGUAUCAAAAUGGUUAUAUUAGUUGUGAAAAGUAAUAAAAGUAUUAAGUGAUUUAAUAUCGUUAUGUAUGCAUGUAUGUUCAAUGUAGUUUUAUUGGAUAAGAAAUUUUGCUUCUUAGUAAUCUUCGAUUUAAAGUAUUACUGUUUUAUAUACUUUCUAAAACCUAUUUUCAAUAUUUUCAUACAUUUUAGAAGUGAUUUUAUUAGCUUUUAAAAUAGAUUUGAUACUACAAAUAAAGUGCAUGUGUUAUUCAAAUGUCCAGUAUGUAAUAAGGAAAUUAUUCAAUGUUAAAAUUGUAUCAUCUAUUACAUAAAUUCAAGCUCAACUAUUUAUACUAAUUUAAGUCUUAUUUCUUAUAUGCAUAAGGGCUGUUAUAAAGAUGAUCUUAUGGUUAUUCUAGAUUUCAUUGUUUCUACAUUCGGUUGAUUAUUGAAUAUUAAUAUAUUGUGAUCUAUUUGUAAAUUUGAAUACACGUACAAAAUUAAAACAAUAAAUUUCAGCUAGAUAUGAUUGCACUAAUAAACUAGUCUGUAAAAACAUUUUUUUAUUACCAAUGUGUUUGGUUUCAGACAGUUUAUACUUUCUUAAUGUUCCCUACAUGUUUUCUUGCCAUAUACAUAAUAAAUAGUCAAUAAUUAUAUUUUGAAUGGCACUUACAUUAAUUUAUAGAAAAUUCAUUUUAAAUUCUAUAGGUAAUAGUAGUAAAAGAUUGCAAUGAAUUUCUAUUAUCGUAAAAUAAUUGGUUACGUAAAGUUGUUUCCAGUAUACAAAAUUCGCGGAUCGAUGCACAAAAAUAUUUGUAUAUACGUCAUUAUAUUUUUAUAUCUAUUCUCUAUGUAUUAUUAUCAUAGUAUAAAAUAUAAGUGAUGUGCAAUGUAUGUACUCGUACGUGUCAAUAAAAUGCUUUUAUUUAA